AUGGCGUAUAGUCUCUCACAGUCAUAUUGCGGCGAUAACUUCGCCUCACAAUUCAACUGGUUCAACGGCGUAGACCCAUCUCGUGGGUUCGUCAGGUACCAGAGUGAACCUGAUGCGCUCGCCAAGGGCCUGUAUUCAGUAGACCCAGACACACAAGUUGUCACUAUAAGAGUGGACAGCACCAAUACCUACCCCCUCGAUGGUGGCCGGCCCAGCGUGCGGCUUGAGAGCAAGCAGGCUUAUAAUGGCGGCCUUUUCAUCGGCGACUUCUCUCACAUGCCACCGUCGGAUUGCGGUCUAUGGCCAGCUUUUUGGUUGUAUGGCCCUGACUGGCCGGCCAAUGGUGAAGUCGACAUUAUCGAAGGAGUCAACACGGCGACGAGGAACCUCCUGACGGCACAUACGGCCCCCGGCUGCAUGCUCCCCCAGGACGUGAAGAACAUGGUUACAGGAGAUCCCAUCUCCUAUAACUGCGCCAGUGGGGCCUACAACGCGACCGGCUGCAGCUACUUUGCAACUUACAGCGACAAAGCGACCUACGGCGACGGCUUCAACGCCGUAGGAGGCGGCGUCUACGCCAUGGACUGGACCCCCGAAGACAUUCGCAUCUGGCACUGGCCCAGACAUUCCGUCCCACGCGACAUCAUCGAGAAGAGACCCGACCCGAACUCGUGGGGUCGUCCGAUGGCGCUGUUCGGGGCAUAUUCGUGUGAGCCAGGCCGGUACUUCCGCGACAUGAACCUCAUCCUGCAGACCAAUUUCUGCGGCGACUAUGCCGCUGGCGUCUGGAGCUCGGACGGCGCUUGCACGAAGCUCGCGCCCACUUGUGCCGAGUACGUUGCGAACAAUCCGUGGGCUUUUGGUAAUGCAUACUGGGAGGUGAAUUACAUCGACGUCUACGAAAAACGCCACUGGAAAAAAUCAGCAGAACCAACCACCACAACCACCCUUCAGACGACGUCAACCGUCACUCACACCGUAUUCCUUGGCACCACAGCCGCCCAAAACGGCUCAUCGUCGAGCUCAGGCCAGGACGCCAUUGUGCCCGAGCAUGAUCCUGCCACCAUUGGCGAGUACGCCAACCUCGGCUGCGUCUCGUCGGAAAACGGAUUCGCGACGUUCGAGUUUGUAGGGGCCGAUAGCGGCAUGACCCCUGAGAUGUGUGUUGGCCGGUGCACUCCUUCGCGGUACGCCGGUGUCCACCAUGAUCAAUGCAUCUGCGCCGACGAACUAGACGGCUCCACCCGUGCCACUUCCGACCGCACCCAAUGCGACAUCCCCUGCCCCGGCAACGAGGACGAGUUCUGCGGCGGCAUCGCCUCGUCGCCAUCGCCUUCCCAGCCGCAACGCCGGCAAAACGGAGGCUUCAAUGCCGACGCCGCCACGCUGAUCAACUUGUACGGCAUGGUCGGGGGGCGGAACGACACCCCCGCCCUGGGUCCAGGCCUAGGCCGCAACCAGGCCGAACAAGAAGACGAAGAUCAGGUGCAGGAGGGAGACGACUUCGUCGACGACGUCAGGACGACGACCAUGGUCCAACCACCUCCCGCGCAAACUCCUUCUCCAGAGCCGGAGUUUGUCGUGGUGAAUGCUGCACCCGUAACGAAACGGGGCUUCAUCAUUUGGCUUCCCGCAGUGUUGGCGAUUAUUCGAUUACUGAUGUGA